AUGGCCAUCAGCAAGCGACCAGCCGCCGCCGUCGUCAUGGGCGGCCAGGCCGUCAAGAAGAGGAGAGUCAAGAAGCCCGCCGUCAUCAAGAAGCCCGCCGCCAUCAAGAAGCCUGCCGCCUACGCCGCCACCGCCGACUACGAGGAGGAGAAGACCUGCCUCGGCGAGGGCGCAUUCGGCGUCGUCUUCAAGGCUCGCCACCGCGCCACGGGCCAGACCGUCGCGAUCAAGCACCUCUCCUCGCCGCCGCCGGAAGUCGCCUCCGACGCCCCCGAUCCCAGCGAGCAGCUGCUGCGGGAGGCCCGCUUCCUCGAGGCGUGCAACGGGGACCCCAACAUCGUCGGCUUCCACUGCGUCGUCCGCGACCCCGACACCACCGAGCUGGGCAUCGUCAUGGAAUACAUCGCGGGCCGGAGCCUCCGCGACAUCCUCGAUGAACAACGCAACGGCACCGCGCCGCCGUUCCCGGAGGCCACCGUGCGCGCCUUCAUGCGGCAGCUGCUGACGGGCGCCAAGGGGAUGCAAGAACGCAGCAUCGUCCACCGCGACAUCAAACCGGCCAACGUCCUGGUCGCGGAAGGCGAGGAACUCCUCAAGAUCUGCGAUUUCGGCCUCGCCAUCUCCACGUCCGACCCGCCGCCGCACGGCGAGGUCGGCACGGUGCUGUACACGGCGCCGGAGCUGCUGCUGGGAAAGCCGGAUACCGACUCGCUCGCGGACGCGUGGUCGCUCGGCUGCAUCAUGGCGGAGCUCGUCGACGGCGAGAUCCUGCUUCUGCGGGCACAGCGCCUGUGCGAUGAGGGGUUGGCCUACCUCGGGACUAUCUUCUGGCUGCUCGGCACGCCCGACGACGUCACGUGGCCCGGGUUCGCGUCCCUGCCUCGCGCCGCCGAGAUGCCACCGCUCAAGCCGGGACAGGGCAGCAGGCUGCGCGAGCUGUACCCGGAGUGGACCCUGUCCGAGGAAGGAUUUGAGGUCAUGAGCGGACUGCUCACGUGCAACCCCGACAAGAGGUUGACGGCUGCGGAAGCGCUCAAGCUCCCGUGGUUCGCCGAAGACGAUGAAGACUACAUGACGAGAUCCUACUGCUGA